AUGUGCGGGGGUUCAACUGGGCAGCCGUCAAUGGGGAAUAAGUGUGGUGGUAGGCGGAAGCAGAAGAAGGUCGUGGCUUCCACGGGAUUGGUGGCGAAUGUGAUCAGCAAGGAAUAUGGAGGCUCUGUUUCGGCGGAACGGGGGAAGAGGAGUGAAUGUUCCAGGCCUAAGAGACCCUGGAACGUGUACUAUUCGCAAGAGGAAGCGGAGGAGUUUCUGUGCUCAAUGUUGGGAGGAUCUUGCGACCUAGAUCCCGCUGUGGUGAAAGACGUAUUCGGUUAGUGUUCACUUGCUUCGCACCCGUUCGAUUCCCUGCCAUCUCCCUUCUUCAUAGUAAUGCUCGUCACAAGGAACGAUUGUGUAGCACCUACUCUUCCCAAUACGAAUAAUGCGCGCGACUGUUCUUUAUACUUGGCUCAUUUCAUUAGUGUCUCCAUUACUAAAAAUUUCAUGCUCUUGUUGCUUCUGAGCUCUUAGCGAACGUUACAGUCUUCUUAGCUACUGAAAAUAGGAUGUUUCCUGAGACCUAGUUACAUAAGAAACUCACUUUUUAUAUCUCUACCGGGUCAACAAAAACUACUCUGUCGCCCUCAUUCUCAGCACUGGUCUCAACCCAAGGCAUCUCUCUUCUCAUCCGAUGGAUAUCUCUUUAGAAACCUUGUGGAUAUCAUACUUUUUUUGGUAUUCUUGCAUACUUUCUGGCUUUCUGCCGCAUGAAUCACACUUCGUUUUAUGAAGAAUAACCAAUAAGUCGAUCUUUGCAGGGCACUCAGGUUAUGACGUGGAAAAGGUACUAACCCAACGCAUAGCCAUUCGACAUCUAUUUGAAUUUGCGUUUUCUUGUGUAAAGGUUCAUGCAAACAAUGCAUAUUUCCAAUUAAUUGGAAAAUCGUAUGAAUUAUAUACACUCUUUAUUGCCAGUUCAUGGGAAACUAUAUUAUGCCUAUGGAGCGGAAGUGGAUUAUUGAUUCUUGCUGAUUUAUUUAUCCAUUGCUUUCUUUUGCGUGAUACAAUCAUGAUGUUAAAUUUAUGCACUAACGAUGAAAAAUCGUAGAUUGUUGUAGCCGUUGUUGGCCAUGCUCAAGCAUUUUCAAUGUAUACACCAUUGAUGGUUACUCAUGAUCAGUAACUGGAAGAGAGAGCGGGAAAUUCAUAGCAGAGGGGAAAUUUUCAGUAAUUUCGUCAGACCGUACUUCCUUAUGCCACCAUAUUUUAUUGUAAGGGUAUUGACUGUGGAUAUCCGUGUUUAUUAAUCCCUAGAUGGGGUGCAUUUGGCCUAUUCUUCUAUGGGUCCUUCCUUUGGCACUGUUCAGAGAGCGAUUAUGCUCAGAAUAGACAUGGAACGAUAAGAUAUGUUUUACACCAUUUUCGUUAAUUGCUACAAAGGAUGUAUGACAAAGUCUAUCAUCGAGUAUUUCUUGUGUAGGGCACUUACGAUGGUCAGUUUCCAUCAAUGAUGUUCUCUAGAAUUUGUUUCCCAUCAUUAAAUAAUGUUUCGUUGUUUGAUAAACGAAUCGGAUCUGCUUUCAUAUUGCUAAUAGAAUUUCUAAGGUACAUGAGAUGCAUAUUUUUAAUAUUUUAAUUCAUUUUCAACUAGAGGAAAAAAAUCAAUUGCGCUAAUUUUUCUCUGUUUUGCCAUUCAGGCGUUGGAUACAUUGCUAGAUAUGUGUAGUUCAUCAAGCAACAAAUCGAUAGAAAGUUCUAAUGAUUAUAACAAAUUAGGUCAUAUGACGGCUCAAACUGAAGGGUCAAUCAAUGGCUUCCCGAAUGGUGACACAAUUAAGACCCAGGUGCUUUUUAGUGUUUAGUUUAAUGGGCUUCAUUUAACCUUUUGUUACUCUGCUUUCUCGAGGAUCUGUCAAUCUCGUAAAUGAAGACAUCAUGGUCUUUUAUUAUUAUUAUAUUAUUAUAUUAUUGUUAUUGUAAAUUAAUUAUUGAUGAUAUAUUUCUUGCUUUUGGUCAUAUGACUCCAUUCGUUCUGAGAUCGGAACAAAGACCCCUUGAAGAAACUUUAAGAUAUUGUAUGCAUUACAAAAUAAAAAGCGUGUUCUCAAUCCAAGGAUUUUUUGAAAAAUACUUAAUGAAUAAGUCUCUCAUGAUUGGAUUUAACUGCAUUAGUUUGGGCUGAUAUAUUUAACAACGCCCAUGCAUUGUAUCAUGAGAUUUAUUGUUCAAACUUCUCGGAAAUAGUGUACAAGUAGUUGCUUACUAAUAAUGCAACCUGUGAUAAAUUUCUCAGUUAUUGGAUGAACAUGAGAUAUUAUUUUUUUCGAGCAAAAAUUACCUAUUCAUUCACCCGAUAAUAGAGAAAAGCAAAUCUAACUUCACCACUUUUACUUGUUUGACCCUAAUAACGUAAAGCUUCAGGUAACUUGGCAUCUCGGAUUUGGGUAAAUCAUGAUUUUAUGAAAUCUUACUGUACUUCUCAUCCAAGAAAACUGUGGAAACUCAAAAUUGAUCCUGCCUAUGCACAAAGGCUCCUGAAUUCAUAGAUGCUGAGAUAUCUGGAAAUUUGAUAAAUGCAUGCGCCUGAUUGGCUUUUUGUGGUGUUAAUUUGUUACAGCCAAUGUAUGGACAUUUGGACUCAGCAUGUUACACGUUGGCAAAAGAAACUGAGCAUGGACUAGCUUUACAAGACGAUCACAGGUGAGCUUCUCUGAUUCUCCUUUUGUAUUCGUUUUUUCAAUGAACUGAGAUAAUGUGUGUGCAGAUAUUUGUAAACAAUUAAUUUAAUGUAAUAUUAAGGUGACCUAAUUAUCCAGAUUAGUGUUAUAUUUUUUACACUUAUCAUUCCACUGUCACUGCACUCAUCGGCUUACUACUUUUCCGGUGACAAGGUACUGACUUCAUAAACUGGUCGCUUCUGUUUUCAAAUCGUUGACAUCUUACUAUUCUAGCUUGCUUUGAAGAAGAAUUCGCAGCAACAUCAGGAAAUUUUUCCUCAACUCUCAUUACCACGGGUUCAGAGUCUGUACGCUCAAAGUGUACUUUGAAACUGGAAAACUUCCAAAGCAAAAAAUCUGCUUCCAAUGAUUUUGUUCGUUGGACCUUUACGCAGGCGAAAAUGCUUGUGAAAGUGGAGUUACGAAUAAAUUUAAUUUUUUUCUAAUCACGUUUGAUGAGAGUUAUUUUCUUCGUUUAUUGCUGCUAAGUUUUCUUACCGCUUGUAGGGACUGCGACAAGAAUCACACUUCUUCUGAAGGGAAGCUUUUAUUGGAGCCUGGUACAAGAAAUUUGGAUCUUCAACAAGAUGUACUAGCGGCGUUGUUUAACGUGCCCAAUAAUUCCAAGCAAGAAUCUAGCUCUAUGAACUGGAGGAAGGCUCUAAAGAACGUUGAAUCCUUCAGCCAGGGGUUACAGUUUCUCUCUUCAGGCGUUUCAGAAACUCAUCAGAAGCUGCAAAAUGGUACAUGAUACCAAUAUUUUACCAGGCUCUAGAUAUCAUCCAUCAUCCUUCUAGUUUUCGCUCAGUGGUUGGAGGUUGUUUCUAUAAUCUGAAACUGCUAAAACUUUAUUCCUUGUUAUUUAUCAACUAACAUGAAAAUAAUUUCAUUUUUUUUGCGAAUUAUUUGCAACAAAUAAUUCACUCUAAGAAACUCCAAACCUGAUAUUCUUAAUGGCCAUCACUUCUAGUCUGCGUGUAACACAUUUGUUCAUCGCUCCUUCGGCAUCAAUACUCACUUCCCCGUCAUGUGCCAGAUAAAAUGGGAGGCGACGACGUCUUUAGGACUGUUGCAGGUCAGCAUUGGGCGAUGAUGAAGUCAUACUAUCAACAGGUAUGUUUCUACAAGGUUCCAUUCCUACCCAGAUGCCAAGUUGUUCUUCUGAGAGAAACAUAGCUAAGGCCCACAUACCUUUCUAUGAACUGAUCAACAGGCUGCGGUGGCCUACUCAAAAGGGGAUCGAGCUCACGCCAGUUACCUGUCAGAGAAAGUACUGUUCAUUCAAAUAGCUCAGUUGAUGUCUAAAUCAUUUCCAGCUUUUUAAGCUCCAGAUUUUCAAUCAGUCUAUUUAACUGUGUGGGUACAGGGGAAGUUCUGCAGUAAACUCGCCCACGAUGCCGAAGAGAAGGCCAGCCAGGAGAUCUUCGAAGCCAGGUGAGCGUAGCUUUUGAUGAACUUGACCUCCAUUAGUCGCGGAUUUACUAGCUAAGCACGGCAAUUAAAUGAUUGCUACCACCACAGAAACAAGGACAUUGGCAACGCAGUGACGAUUGAUCUACACGGGCAACAUGUUAAGCAGGCGAUCAGACUCUUGAAGGUCCACCUGUUACUGUUGACUUACGUUCCUUGUAAGUUCCAGGCGACUCUUAACCUGUGGUUCCUCUCCAAAGACGGCCUUUUAUGUUUUAAUCCACCGUGUUGUUCUUCGUCUACAGCGAUAAAGUUUCUCAGAGUCAUCACUGGGUGCGGCAGACACAGCGUUGGCGGCGGGGGAAGACUGAAGCAAUCGGUAUGGGAUAUUAAUUUUUCCGCUCUUGAUCCUCUCAUCUUCGCCAUUUUGGGGAAGAUGAGAUGUGUUUCUGUCCUUCAUGCUCUUAUAAUGAAUGCAGUUCUUUACUGGUUCCCACCUCCGUCCAUUUUCUGUUCUGAUUUUCUGAAAAGUAGAUGAAUCUGCGUGUUUGACCAGUAGGGAAACCGGGUUCUUGAGAUCUUCUGCUUGGACUUCCUAGAAAUUAUUAGCCAAAAAAAAAAAGAAGCAAAAAUGGUCAAACUUUGUUGAAUAAUCUGGGAGUCUUUUCGUUCAGCGGUUGGCUCGAAUAUUUUGCAGGCCACCGGUCUCCUGAAGAAGGAAGGCAUCGCCUGGAGUGAAGAUAACCCAGGAACCUUAGUCAUCGGAAUUGACAGAUCGAAGAAGUACAGUUUCAUGGAUGUAGACAGUGAUUCGGAGUAA